AUGGAAGUUAUUGUGGAUACAACAGGUCGUGCCCUACUGGAUCGUCUGUCGAGUACGACGCUGAGUGAGGUGGUAUCCACAGCAGGCAGUGGCUUGAUGCCAGCGCCGCUGGACGUAGCUCCCUACUCCAGCGUGUAUGCCAACGCCACCUGCGGCCACGCAGGCACCGAGGAGUACUGCCGCGACACGCCAGGAAAGCGUGGUGUGGUGUGUGAUGUGUGUGAAGGUGACGGCGGGUCUGCGUGGCGGCGCCACCCGGCUGCGCACGCGCACGACAACAACCCUGCCACCUGGUGGCAGAGCCCUACACUUGCUGCGGGCGACUACCAACACGUCGAGCUGGUUGCCAUUCUGCCAGAUAAGGCCUACAACGUGAACCAUGCGCGAGAAAGAGGGAUGGAGCUAUAA